AUGGGGAGGAGAGGGAGGCCAGAGACUGAAGAGAGCGGCCUGAAAGGCACAGGCAUGUGGAUGAAGCGCAAAUCCAGGUCUGAGCUGCCUGGUCUUGAGGAGCAGUGGAACAAUGACGAUAAAGCCAGCUCGUGGUUUCCAAAGCGCUUUCACUUGCAUCAUUACCAUCUGUUCCUCUUGGAGCCCCCUUCAGAUAUGGGGUCCGCCAACUKGGAGAGAAAACUCACGACCUGGCUUCUGUCCAGCUCCACAUCAGAAAUGGCAUCAAAUGAAACCCAGGACAUGGGGAACUGCACGACUGAAACCUUCAAGGGACAAUUUUACCCCAUCGCCUACCUAAUCAUAUUUGUCUGGGGAUCCUUGGGAAAUGGCUUGUCCAUAUAUGUUUUCCUGCAGACUUAUAAGAAUUCCUCAUCUGUGAAUGUCUUCAUGCUCAACCUGGCCAUUUCCGAUCUCCUGUUCACAAGUACUCUGCCCUUCAGGGCUGACUACUAUUUAAGAGGCUCCAACUGGAUAUUUGGGGACCUGUCCUGCAGAAUUAUGUCAUACUCCUUGUACGUCAACAUGUACACCAGCAUUUAUUUCCUGACUGUGCUCAGCGUUGUGCGUUUCCUAGCCACCGUUCACCCCUUCCGGCUUCUCCAUGUCACCAGCUUCAGGACGGCUUGGAUCCUCUGUGGGAUCAUAUGGCUCUUUAUCAUGAUUGCCUCAGGAAUGCUGCUGAAGAGAGGCUCCGAGCCAAAGGGCGAGCUCAUAUCAUGCUUGGAUCUGGAUCCCAAAAAAAUUAACAAUCUGCUGAUCAUGAACUACGUUGCCUUGGUGGUGGGCUUCCUGCUGCCGUUCUUCACACUCACCAUCUCUUACCUGCUGAUCAUCCGGGUCCUGUCGAAGGUGAAGCUCUCGGAAUUGGGUCUGCGGGCUUCUCACAGGAAGGCUAUGAUCACCAUCAUCAUCACCUUGAUCAUCUUCCUCCUGUGUUUCCUGCCUUAUCACUCGUUGAGGACCCUCCACCUGGUCACCUGGGAUGAGAAGGAGUGCGGGGAUGGGCUGCACAAAGCCGUGGUCAUCACAUUGGCCUUGGCGGCAGCCAACACCUGCUUCAAUCCUUUCCUCUAUUACUUUGCUGGGGAGAAUUUCAAGGAUAAAUUAAGGGCUGUGUUCAGAAAAGAACAUCUGCAGAGGGCAACGACAAAGUGCAGCUCUCCUGUUUGUGCGUGGCUGAAAACCGAAACGAGGGUGUAA